GUUCACGAGUAUCGACUUCAUCGAGAUAGUACUCCUCCGCUGUAGUUGCACUCGGCCCAGAAUGAGCCCCUACAUAAGAUGGCCACGCGACCAAGGCUAUUGACGGUUAUUCCAUCCAUCAGCCUCCUCCUUUCCACUCCAACCUUCAUUCCAAUCUGUUAACCAUGUCACUGCACCCUCUUGAUCCCGCCACGGCGGAAGAGAUCGAACAGGCCACUUCGUUUGUCAAGUCGGUCUAUCACGGAGUCCCUUUGCACUUCAAAUGCGGUGGUCUACAGGAGCCCCCCAAGGCCGCCCUGCUCGAGUUUCUCGACGCCGAACACAACAACAAGCCGCUUCCUUUCCUCCCGCGAUGCAUCUUCCUCAAUUGGUACAUCAAGAAGACUCCCCGUCUUUUUGAGGCAGUUGUGGAUGUGACCAACGGCGCCUUCGUUUAUCACACAGAACUUCCCCGAGACUUUCAUGGUCCAGUGGACCGGGCGGAGAUGAAUGAGGCCGCUCAGGUUGUCCUGGCUGACCCCGCGGUGCAGGCGGAGAUCAAGCGCCUGCAAAUCGAUGAUACCACGGUCGUUCUCGAUCCGUGGGAUUAUGGCGUGGAUGGUGAAGAGACACAGGAGAGACACACACAGGUGUUCAUGUAUAUGCGCAACCCGAAAAAUAACGACCCAGACUCUAAUCACUACUGCUUCCCUCUGGAUUUCAUGGUCAUUGUCGAUCUCUGUGCCAUGAGAGUGAAGAAGAUUAUUCGACUGCCUCUAGGAGCCGAUGAAAGUGUGACGCAAGGCUCCAACGUGCCUCAUCGUCGCACAGAUCCGGCAGAGCCUGAAUAUGACCAUCGACUACAGAAAAGCCCUCCCCGGACAACGAUGAAGCCUUACCAAGUCAUCCAGCCCGAGGGUGCCUCUUUCACCGUCAAGGGACACCUGAUCGAAUGGGAGAAAUGGCGAUUCCGAGUGGGAUUCAAUUGGCGCGAAGGAUUGACUCUCCACGACCUUUCAUUCGACGGUAAAAGUAAUUUCUAUCGUCUGUCUCUGGCCGAGAUGUUUGUUCCUUACGGUGAUCCGCGUAAUCCCAUCUACCGCAAAGGCGCGUUCGAUUUGGGAAAUGUGGGUGCGGGCGUGACAGCAAACAACCUUCAGCUUGGCUGUGACUGCCUCGGUAUGAUCAAGUACAUCGAUGGCCACGUCGUUGCGGUUGAUGGCAGUGCGGCUCCUCGACCUAAUGCCAUCUGUAUCCACGAGAUUGACAACGGCAUUCAAUGGAAGCACACUAACCAUCGCACUGGGAAGGCCACGGUGGUCCGCAAGCGUCAGCUGGUCCUGCAGACAAUCAUCACCGUUGCCAACUACGAGUACAUUUUCAUGUGGUACUUCGAUCAGUCUGGCGAGAUUACCUUUGAAACCAGAGCCACUGGUAUCCUCUCUACCCAGCCCAUUGGCAAAGACGUCACGGUUCCCUGGGGAACUCGAGUGGCAGAUGGCGUCAUGGCCCCGUAUCAUCAGCAUCUAUUCAGCGUGCGAAUUGACCCUGCAAUUGGCGGUCAUCAAAACAGCUUUGCGUCGACGGAUUCUGUGGCCAUGCCAUGGGACGACCAGCUCAACCCUCUCGGGACUGGCUAUGUGACAGAGCAGAGUAUCCUCGACCGAGCAGGCUCUGUUGAGGACGACGUCAGCAAGGGCCGAGUGUUCAAGAUUCUGAACGAGAACAUCGAGAACCCAGUCUCAGGGACCCCGCUUGGAUAUAAACUUGUUCCUCAUCGAUCCCAGAUGCUCCUAGCCAAGCCCGGGUCCUGGCACUGGCGCCGCUCGGAGUUCGCCGAACACUCAAUCUGGGUCACCAAAUACCACGACGACCAGCUUUUCCCUGCCGGAAAAUACACUAACCAAUCGCUGGGUGGCACUGGAAUCAAAUCCUGGAUUGAAGACAGGGAGAAUGUGCGCAACGAAGACAUCGUUAUCUGGCACACAUACGGUCUUACACAUAAUCCCCGCGUGGAGGACUUCCCAGUGAUGCCCGCAGAGAUUGUUCAGGUGCAUUUGAAGCCGUACAACUUCUGCUUAUUCAACCCGACGAACAAUGUGCCGCCUUCUAACCAAAAAGCGAACCAGAGCGUUGCGUACAAGGCACCUGAGCCUGAGCCUGAGCCUGUGGGGCCUGUUUGCUGCAAGAGCAACUUGUAGCCGUGACGGUUGGGGCGUUUGAAGUUUUCAUGCAAUAUAAACUGCUAGUCAAGACAAAAAGAUAUUUAACUGUCGGAAAAAAGUUAUCCAUCU